AUGGCAUCGCUCCAUCCCUUUAUGCUGCGCAUGAAUUAUUUGCACCGUUCGACACCGCUGAGCAACCACCGGAUACGCCGUAGACGCUCUUCGUCCUUUACAUCAAGCAUCUCGAACUCUUUGGCCGAUCCGAACAACAAUGAGCUGCCCGAAUCGAUCAUCAAUCCGUCCCGAAAGCGUCGAAAGCUGUUGGCCUGCAUUUAUAAACCUAUCGGACCGCCGGAGGCCGGCGAAGAAGGUGAUAUGGAUGUGGAUGAACAGUCGCCACAGCUGGCUGUCCAUCCGUUCGAAGAGCUUCCAGUAUUGCUACGAAGCGAACAAGCGAUACCGGUAUCGAUGGAGCAAUUUCUUUCAUUUGGACGGUUGUACUGUCCGGAGGAUGUCAUCUCAUCGAUGGUGUACUACAUUCCACGGAUGGUUCCCGUAUCUAUCGUUUCCACGUCAUAUCCUUCGUAUGACACAGUGGAUGGAUCCAGCACGAUCAUCUACCGCACCACGAUUGAAUUUCGCCGCCGAUACACAGCAGUAGCGAUGCAAACGAUCGAAACUGAUGCACCAAAGGAGGAAGACCAUGAACCAAGAUUUGUGUCACACGCUUGCUGGAACGUUUCGGAAUGCUACAAUUAA